AUUUUCUGAAUUUUCAAGGUCAGGUAGCUUUGAAUGAGUUGUCAGUGUUGUUGGGGUAAUCAUUACAAUAAUACUUUUUAAAAUUAUUUUUGAAUUAUUAUUCAAAUAAUCUGUUUGUGUAAUCUGUUUUAUUAUUUUACAUUUAUUUUAGACAACAUUAAUGGAUUACACGUUAAAUGUGACAUAUAUAACUCUUAGUGGGCUUGUAGAAGUGCACAAAUACAGAUAUCUUUAUUUUUUGGUUUUGUUCACAGUAUACAUUUUAAUAAUUUGCAGUAAUUCUACAGUUGUGUACCUUAUCUAUAUCCACAAAAACCUCCACGAGCCUAUGUACAUUUUCAUUGCAGCUUUGCUAGUGAACUGUGUUUUUUACAGCACUUCUAUUUACCCAAAGCUUCUGAUAGAUGUUUUAUCUGAAAAACAGAUCAUAUCAUAUCCAGCCUGUCUCUGUCAAUUUUUCAUGUUUUACUCCAUUGGCAGUUCAGAGUUCUUACUGUUGGCAGCCAUGUCCUAUGACAGGUAUGUGUCUAUAUGUAAACCUCUGCAAUAUCCAACUAUCAUGACAAAAACCACAGUGAGUAUUUUCCUGGUUUUAUCUUGGCUUGUGCCUGCUUGUCAUAUUGCAAUCCCAGCAAUACUGAGUGCUGAAACUAAACUGUGUAACUUUACUUUAAAAGCAAUAUUUUGUAACAAUGCAAUUUAUAGACUCCAGUGUGUACAAUCAAGAGUAAUUACUAUACAGGGUGUGGUUGCUUUAUUAAAUCUUACAAUUUUCCCCAUGCUCUUCAUCAUUUUUACAUACACAAGGAUACUUAUAAUAUGCUAUCGAAGUUGUAGAGAAGUCAGGAAAAAAGCAGCAGAGACCUGUUUACCCCAUUUGUUAGUUUUAAUCAGUUUCUCCUGUUUGAGUGCAUAUGAUAUCGCUAUAGCUCGGGUGGAAUCAAAUCUUCCAAAAACGGCACGAUUAAUAAUGAUGUUACAAAUAGUUUUGUAUCAUCCUAACCCACUUAUAUAUGGCCUCAAAAUGAAAGAAAUUUCUAAACACCUCAAAAGGUUGUUCCGUCCAGCCAAAAUCAUUUGAUGUAAAAACAGUGAUUUAUAAGGUACAGUCAUUUCUUCUGAAAUAAUCAUGCAGACAGGUGAAUUCUUGGAGUAUUUAAUGCACGCACUUUUUUCCAUUACAGACUCUCCACAGGUCCAGUGUAUAACAUUUAGGAGGAACUAUUGUCAGAAAUAGAAUAUAAUAUGAAUAUAUAAUAUUUAUAGGUAUGUUUUCAUUAGUGUAUAAUUAACUGAAAAUACAAAUUUUCCUUGCCUUAGACAGAGCUGUUUUUAUCUACACAGGGAAGGCCAUGUUGAACCGCAAUGUGACUACAGUAGCUCGUAAAGGAUAAACCAAACACUGGCUCUGGACAGGGCCUUUCACCUUUUUUGCGAGCCACUGUAGUUUCUCCGACAGAAGUGGUACUGAGUUAGUUGUAAUCUGUUGUAACUUCAUUGCUAGAUAACCCUACAUCCUACACACUGGUCCCUCAACAGUAAAGAGACUCUUGUUGCUCUGUUUGUAAUGGAAACAGCAAAAAGUGUGCUGAGCUUGAACAAUAUAAAGGCUAAUUAAUUUGGUGUAAUUAUUCAUAAUUUUAUUUGCUGCCAUGAAUUUAGUUAUCAAAAUUAGACACUGGUUACAAGUAUUGACAUUGAUCAUUGGCUCUGAAUGUCUUGCUAAAAUUAAAUGUUGGAUUUCAGCUAUAUAAACUAUUAAAGCCCAUGACUAACGUGUAAAGACAACACUGACAGUGUGUACAGUACAGUACUGUAUUCUAAUAAUGCUUAUUAUUCAUUUAAUUUUUUUAACAAUGAUAUUUGCUGCUCUCUGUUUUUGGUCUUCCACGGCUGCACAAGCUGACUCAGGAGAAAAUCAUUAUUUGUCACGUCAAGCUGUGACUUUAGAUUUGGUGUGCUGGAACAAACAGGGAAAGCAAGUGUGUGUGUGUGCGUGUGUGUGCGUGUGUGUGUGUGUGUGUGUGCGCGGUGGUUGGUGCGCUGGCAUCUGCCUUGAUUUUCAAGUUAGAAGUGGCCUUUUGAUAAAGCUGAAAUGGCAUGUAUGUUUGCAACAAAACAUUCUUUACAUUUAUGAGAAAAAUAAAAUCUAAAUAAACCUUAAA